UUUAUUUAUUUGGAAAUUUAUAAGGCAACAAACGGAAAUUGCGAGCAAAUAGCUUUUUCCAUAUAUCCUCGGAGUGUCAUGUAUUGGUGGAUUUUUGUGUCUUUGGUCCUCAAUUACGGAAGAUGCAAACAAAUAGACGUAAUCAUUGGACUUGAUUUAUCGAAAAACACAAAUGAAUCGCAAUUCGAUCAACAAAGACAGUUCUUUCAGGAGCUGAUAGAAGGACUCUAUCUAUACAAUGACACAGAUACAAGUUAUCGCGUAGGGGUGUUUGCAUACGACGAUACUAUUAUAAAACCUAAAAAUAAACUAUGGCCAUUGGGAAACAUGACUGAAUUUGAAGCAAAAGAAGCCUUAAAACCUUUUAAUUACUCUAUCGAUCAAAAUAACCCUUAUUUAGACCACGCUCUUCGCUUUGUGUUGGCCAGCCUGGAUGACGACAGGUCCAAUAACAAGGAUAGGGAAUGCAGCGAGAAGAUAUUGGUGUUGGUUGUGACUGACAUCGUUGAAAAAUGGAGCAAUGGGAAAAGAGAUUUAGCAAGGUUGAAGACAAUGGGUGUCAAAACCUUAUUUGUUGUUGUCGGGAAGGCAGCAGAUAGUGAGCUAUUAAAGGGAGAAGAAAUACUGAUUGUUUCGUCUUUUAAUAAUUCUAUGGAUAUCCAAACAAAUGCUUCACAUUUCUUAAGGAACAUUCUGGAGGAAGGAAAAGGUUCGUGUUGUGAUUCCAGUUUCUCGGCAAACCAGCUGAAGGACACCAGAUGUUCCACGCAAAUGGGAAACAUGUGUGAUAUAAUAUGUUCUGGCGUUUUUGACACAAAGGUUGUCUUGGCAACUUGUGAACCAAACGGGGUUUGGAGUUCAGGAAAGGAAGAUGCUUGUAAAGGUUUUGGAUUGCAUGUGGUGUCUUUAGUGAUUGGUGCAGGAUCCUCACUGGUGUUCCUCGUGGUUGUAGCGAUGUUUGUGUUUCUACUACGUAGAAAGAAAUGCCAGUCGAAAAAAAGGACAAUUACACCUGCUUUCGAAUCACCGAUUCAUCGAUCAGUAAGAAAUAACUACUCGGCUCCUUCAUCUCAGAUGUUAGCUGCAGAGCAAGCUAAGGUAGAAUCAGAUGAAGAUUCUGACGAAAGCGAUGCUGUGGUUUACGAUUAUGCUGAGGAAGAUGCAGUGAAUGCCAUUUCGAAACGUCCAGUGAAAUCAAAGGAUAUCCAUAAAAAUGAAAAGAAAAAUAACAUCGAUAUUGUUCAUUUUAAUGCGCAAUUGGGAUUAGGUAUCAAUUACAAUAAUGAUACAGAAAUGUUAAACAAGCCAAUAGAACAAAUUGCUCCAUUAGCAUGCACUGUAAAAAGUGAAGGCUCAUGGCAUGCAAAGUACGAUGAUGAUGAGAUUUACAUGAACCAAGAAAAUGAGACUGAAGAUAACCAAGAAAUAUACAUGAACACUUUAAUUAGAUAAUCAUUUCAUUUGAUUCUUAAAUAGGAUAUUUGCAAAACAUUAAGGAAAUCCCAAAUCCCUUCUUGAUUUUUGAAAUUCGACUAAUGUCACAGUCCAGGUUCCGCGAAGUCGUCGGUUUUGGCAGUGGUUUUAGCAAAAUGGCCAUUGUUACAUGCACGAUGUUUCGAUUGAUUGGGUCAUUGUUCAAACACGUCGGGGUUAUUCUAGCCUUAUUGUACUGGAAAAAGGGUUUUAAUACUACCGUUUAUACAUGUUUGUUUUUUUAAUCAGAUACUUUUAUAAUACAACUACAGUAUUACAUCAUUUUUGAUGAAAUUUUCAGUGUGUGUUUUUGUUGUUUUUUUUAAUGCGCAUCAUCCCAUUUAUUUAACAUAUGUAAUGAAUGGUACUCAUGCUCCAGUUAUAAGUAGAUUCUACUUUAUGCAUUUUCAAUUUGUUUCCCGUUUUUCGGGACUUUUGUACAUGUGUUUAUUUUCGUGUCGAUUCUGAUCUUUCUUUCUUCUUUCACAAAAGUUUUAUAAAUCCACAUUCAUUCAAUUUCGCUUGUUUACAAUAACCCUGGCUUAACUUCAUUAUGAUUUUCUCAUAAUAAAUGGAGA